AUGCAAAGUGAGGUUUCAUCUUCCUGUGGGUUGCAAAGUUAUGCGGAAAUAUUGGAAGGUGUUUUAGCAAAAGGAUAUGGUCUUACUAAGUUUUUGGGAAAUAAAUUUUCCAUUAUCAGAAAACAACAGGCAGAAAGGAUUUUAUUCGAAACUUUGAAUAUUAUUGUGACUGAGAGUGGUAAACAAACCCCAAAAGCUCGGUACAUACUUGACAAAUUUGAUGCAUACAUCAAUUCUAACGUUGUUAAAAGCUUUUGGGAAAAUGUCCGAUUGCAAAAUGAACAAGUCAAAACUCGUAAUGAUCAAUUGUUAUUAACUGAAAAAAAGAAACAACAUUUCAUACAAGUUGAAUCUAAUAUAGUUGAACAACAUUUCAUUGCAAGUGAUAAGCUAUUAUCUGUGCAUAAGCUGAGAAGUCUAAUCAAGAAAAUGUUGAGAAAACAAGAUGAUAAUGCCAAUGAUGAUGAAGUUGUGGAAGAAAUGCAGAAUUCAGAUUAUGAUAAGUUUACAGAAAGAUACCAAAAAAUGGAUAAUGAUAGGAAAUGGAAAUUAACUACUGGAAAGAUAGUUGAAGACAGCCUCUAUGAAUUUGGGAUGAGGCAUAAAUACGAACAGUUGAGAGAAUAUGAGGCUAAAAAUCUUGAAAAGGGUCAUUUAGAAUUAUGUUAUUUAAUACAUAUAUGGUGUUUCGUUGAUAGGUGUUUUGAAAGCAUCGAUGGAGUGAAGGCUGUAAGGCAAGAAAAGUUAUAA